GGAUUGCAACACACACACGAAUCCAUAUCAAUCCUUCUUCGUCUCCUUCUCUCUGGAAACUUAUACUCUCACGCUCAAUCACUUCUCCUUCAAGUAAUCUCCGGAAAAAUCCAAUCCCAAUUCUUCACAUCUUCCUCUCUGCUACACUAUUUGACAGAAUCAGAAACGUCAAAAACCAAUAUUCGUCUCUACGAGGUAAUCAUCAAUGCCUAUGUUCAAUCUCAAUCCCUAGAUUCCUCAAUCUCUUACUCCAACGAAAUGGUCGAUAAGGGUUUUGUUCUUGGAUCGAAUUGCUUCAACAAUCUCUUAACUUUCGUUGUUGGGUCUUCUUCUUUCAAUCAAUGGUGGUGUUUCUUCAACGAGAGCAAAAGCAAAGUUGUUUUGGAUGUGUAUAGCUUUGGGAUUGUGAUCAAAGGUUGUUGUGAAGCUGGUGAGAUUGAGAAAAGUUUUGAUCUUCUUGUUGAAUUAAGAGAGUUUGGGUUUUCUCCAAACGUUGUUAUCUACACUUCUUUGAUUGAUGGGUGUUGCAAGAAAGGUGAGAUUGAGAAGGCUAAAGAUUUGUUUUUUGAGAUGGGGAAGUUCGGAUUAGUGGCUAAUGAAUGGACUUACACGGUUUUGAUUCAUGGGUUAUUCAAAAAUGGGAUUAAGAAACAAGGGUUUGAGAUGUACGAAAAGAUGCAGGAAGAUGGUGUUUUCCCUAAUCUCUAUACUGUACUUAUAACUGUGUGAUGAAUCAGCUUUGCAAAGAUGGAAGAACAAAAGAUGCAUUCAAAG